UCUGAGCGUUACGGCGCCCUCCUCCUGCCCCCAGCGCGGCGCAGGCGGGGACCCACCGGUUUCGCUCCGCGUUCACGGCGGAGAAGGGAGGACCCUAGGGAACUGGACCUCCGCGUCUGGUCGCCCAGCCUUAUUUUGGCUUGGGCCCACAUGGAGGGGACUGCAGAGUCCCAGACGCCUGACUUGCGGGACGUGGAGGGCAAGGUGGGCAGGAAGACCCCGGAAGGGCUACUCCGCGGGCUUCGAGGCGAGUGGGAGCUGGGAACCUCUGGGGACCUGCUGCUCCCUAGGGCAUCCAGCACCGGCCACAGCCUGGGGGACAAGAUCAUGGCGCUGAGGAUGGAGCUGGCUUACCUUCGAGCUAUCGAUGUGAAGAUCCUGCAGCAGCUGGUGACCCUGAAUGAGGGCAUUGAGGCAGUUCGUUGGCUGCUGGAGGAGCGGGGAACCCUGACCAGCCAUUGCAGUAGUCUCACCAGCAGCCAGUAUAGCCUGACAGGUGGAAGCCCAGGCCGCUCAAGGCGGGGCAGUUGGGACAGCCUGCCAGAUACCAGUUCAACUGACCGGCUGGACAGUGUCUCUAUUGGCAGUUUCUUGGACACUGUGGCCCCCAGAGAGCUGGAUGAACAAGGACCCCCUGGGCCUUCCUGUCCUGAGAUUGACUGGGCAAAGGUUAUACCCGGUGAAGCCAGGACUGAGGUGGACAUAACAUCCACCAAGCUAGGGAGCUUAACAGCUCCUUGGCAGCUCCCAGGAGACGAGCUUCAAGGUGGACCACCUGAGCUAUCGGAGGAUGACAAUGUCAAGCAGGGCUUUGAGGCUCACUGGUACUGGGGACAGUGCCAGGAUGAUGUGACCUUCUUGUAAAAACUUUCCUACCUAUUUGUGCUUUGUGACUCUUUCAACGUUUGGCCCAAGUCUCUCUCAAUUUUCCCUCAACCUCCGACGAGACAGAAGCUGUACUGAAAUCACUUACCACAGAAGCCUGGCUUCUCUCUCUGGUCCCUGGGGAGCCUUGGCAUUUAUCUCUCAAUUACUGGGUCCCUGGAGCUAUUUCCAUAGAGAUAUUCACUCUAGAGAACUAGCCUGUGGCUCCUGAUGUAAGGGUAUCCCACACCCUUCCCCAGUGAGGGGAAGGUUUAUGAAAAUUUAGGGCCUCUAGGACAUCACUGAAGAAGAGAUGGGGGAAAUAAUCUCCUCAUCCAGAGCCUAGGAGGCUGGGAUGCCUCUUAUAAAAGAUGGAGAACUGGGGAGGGGCGUUCAGGACCAAAUCUCCAUGGAUUGGCCCUCCUACAUGCCUUUGGAGUUGGAAGAGGAACCCUUUGCUGCCUGCUGAGUGAUGUCAUUUCCUUCCAUGAUACAGGGAAGAGUGUUUCCUCUAUAGCAGUCCUGGUUGGUGUGUGAUAGGCCUGUAUCGAGGGUUUCUGAGUCCCUGUUGUCCUGCCAUUGCCUCCUGUGAGAGGAAACACAUUGCUCUUCCUGCCGAUGUCUGUGCUGCUUUUAUCAGGUUCUUUUCAAACAUGGUGUUUUCAUCCCUG